GUUUGAACUGAGCCCCGAUUGCAGAAGCCUGGCCAACGUUCACAUCAAAUGUGCUGCUGUCAUUAACGACAAUGACAUUCGACAGUUAAUUGAAGAGCACUCUAAGCCAGAGGACCCAAUGAUCUACAUGGAUGAAUCGGUCAGGAGGGGUGAGAGAAGUAGGUGGGGUUUGGGGUACACAGUGGGAACCAAACAGGUUCAUAGCAUGACAGGGAUCAUAGAAAGAACAACUUCAAGCAUGAAAAUGGAGUUUGAAGCCGUAACAAGAGCGCUUGGCAGGCUUCAAAAUACAAGACCAAGAACUACCCAUCUCAUUAUUGUCACAGACUCCCAAAGCAUCCUGCGAAGGGUUGAAAAAGGGCUGCUUCGGAGGGAAUGGAUGAACCCAAUACAACACUCAUCACUUAGAGCAAUCACGUGGAUAUUCUGUCCUUGGCACUCUGGAGUGAAGGCCAAUGAGGAGGCUGAUAGGCUGGCAGGCAGUGCCGUGGUUGAUGGUGAGGUGAAAUUUGACAAAGGAGAAGUGUUGAAGACCCUGGAGGAAAAGUUGUGGGAUGAGGAAGACAGGGAGACAGCAGAACACCAUGCAAUCAUCAGGAUGCGGGAAAUUGGGAUAGAGAGGGGAAAAGGAAAAAAGGAACGAUUAUCUGGAAAGGAAAGACGUCGCCAUAAUCAGACAGCCACUGGAACAACCAGUAUGAAUACCUUGCGGGCUUUGGUGCUGGGAGGAACUGAGCACUUAUGGACCUGUCCGGUGUGUAAUGACAUAGUUGCCCAGGACAUGUAAUAAAAUGUAAGCAAUAACAGAUCGCCUCUCCCCUAUCGAAUCCCGCCUUGAUUC